AUGGCGGGCCUGGAGAAAGAUCCAAGGAGGAGGAGUUGCUCCUCCAGGUCCGUGACCGAGCCGGUGACCGGGUCGAGCCGGUUCACCGUAAAGGGUUACUCUCUGUUGAAAGGUAUGGGACGUGACAAGUAUGUGUACAGUGACAUCUUCUCGGCCGGUGGUUAUGAUUGGCAGAUUAAGUUUUGCCCCGAUGAAUACCAUCCCUCCGACGGCGUUCCAUCCGUUCUUGUGGCCAUUGUUUUGGCCAGCUCCGGCGGCAGAGACGUUAGGGCCUUGUUUGAGUUGACUCUGUUGGAUCAGAGUGGGGAAGGGAAGCUUAUGGCGUAUAACCACCUCCGUACGUCGGAGAGCGAGACAAUGAAGUGCAAAGGCUGCUAUUGGCGCAGGGGUUUUUACUCCCGGAAAGCAAGAUUGGAAUCCUCAACUUGUCUAAAGGACGAUUGCCUCAUCAUUCGUGCCAAUGUUGGAGUUGUCACAACUCGGCUCGAAGUUGAAGUCGCCAAGCAGGAUUCCAUCGCGGUACCCAGCUCCAAUCUGGGCCAGGGUCUGAAAGCACUACUGGAAUCUCAGCUCGGUUUCGACUUAGUGUUUCGUGUUGGCCACAAGACGUUCAGAGCUCAUAAGUCGAUCCUCGCUGCACGGUCAUCAUUUUUCAGAGCCCAGUUCUUUGGACCAGUCGGGGAUCCUGACUUGAAUGAAAUUAUAGUGGAUGAUAUCCAUCCCUCCAUCUUCAAGGCGAUGCUCCAAUUCAUAUACACAGACGAACUACCCGAUGUGCAUGAGAUCAUGGGCUCGCCGUCGACGUAUUCAUCCAUGUCGACGGAGGCUACGAACGUGAUGCAGCAUUUGUUAGUUGCCGCCGACUGGUACGACUUAGACCGACUGAAGGCGUUCUGCGAAUCGAAGCUGUGCGAGGAGCUUACGGCCGCAUCAGUGGCCACCACACUGGCAUUGGCUGACCAGCAUCACUGUUCGCAGCUCAAAGCUAUCUGCUUGAGAUUUGCUGCGCAUCCAGCGAACGUGGCGGAGAUGACGCAGUCGGAAGGUUUCAAGCAGCUGAAGGAGAGCUGCUUGCGCCAGCUGAUCAAGACACUUGCAUCUGGUUAUCCGGGGCGAGAAUGA